AUUAAUUUAAAAUUUAAUUUAGAACUAAUACCGACAAAUAGUGUAUUUAAGUAUGCAAAGCGGUAGCGGCACAAAAAACCCACCAUGGGCGCGUUCAAACGUAAAUACAAACAUAACCGGUAUUAAUCCACAAAUUAUGGAUCCAAAUACGAUGAUGACUCAACAAGGCAUGAUGCCAUUCCAGCAAACACAGGCAGUGUUCAAUCCAAGUAUUAUGCAGGCACAAAGUGGAAUGGCAAUGCCGAUGGCUGGACAAAUGCAAAUGAACCAAAUGGCUCAAGGACAAAUGUAUCCCGGUAAUGUUGUGGCGUAUCCUACACCACGUGCUAUGAAUCCUGGUAUCUACCAAAACGCCCAAUCAAAUACAACUCAAUCUAAUGCUGAACAACGUGUUUUUACUGGUAUUAUUACAAAGACUCAUAAUGACUUCGGCUUUGUUGACCAUGAUGUUUUCUAUCAAACUUCUGUUUGUGCUAAAGGUAUUAUACCGAAAGUUAAUGACAGAGUUCUUGUUGAAGCUACGUAUAACCCUAAUAUGCCCUUUAAAUGGAAUGCAACUCGUGUCCAAGUAUUGCCAAGUGUGCCUAGUGGGCCCAGCAACCCGAAAAGUAAUCCACCCAAGUCAAACACUUACAAUGCUGUACCACCACCUGCUAAGAAAUCUUCUCUACCUAGACGAGAUGAUAGACCUUCACGAAGGGAUGAUAGGAAACGUUCAAGGACAAGAAGUAGAUCACGAUCUAGAGGAAGACGUGAUAGUCGUAGUCGCAGAGAUUCUCCACCCAGAAAGAGGCCUGUAGUUCACCAGCCAUCUCCUAUCAAAUAUGUUGUUCGAGUGCCACGGAUGCCACUAGAUAUACAAAAAAUGGAUGUGCCUGCUUUAGGUCAACGCUAUACAAAUUUAUAUAUACCAUCAGAUCUCUUUAACACCCAUGUAAAAUGGGGAGAAACAUUUCCACCACAGACACCAUUUUCGAUAAACAAUCCAUGUUCAUAUCACAUAAUGAGUAGGGAGACUGAUACUCCUCUUCCAAAUGAUGCUGUGUUGGAACCACCAGAUGCUGAUUAUAAAUUUUCUGCAAAGGUCAUGUUAAUUAGCAUGCCUACACUGGAAUCUCUGUAUCAAAAAUGUGGACUUACUAAGGAUGAAAAAGACAAGCGAACCAUUAAAACUCAUAUUCAUCCAACGAGGUUAAUCAAAUUUCUAGUGGGUCAAAAAGGAAAAGGAGGUGAAAACUUUGCCAUUGGUGGACCAUGGAGCCCUUCAUUAGAUGGUGAAAAUCCUCAAAGUGACCCUAGAGUUCUUGUUAAAACUGCAAUUCGCACUUGUAAAGCCCUCACUGGCAUAGACCUCUCCUCAUGUACACAGUGGUACCGAAUGGUGGAGUUUUACUACUGGCGCGAGGGCAGCGGCGGCAACAAGUCACGGCUCGAGUGUGUGGUGUUGUUCCUGCCAGAUGUGUGGUCUGCGCAGCCAUCGCGUAUCGAGUGGACCAACGUUCAGGACCAGUAUAAAACAGCCUACGAGAACGCUCUGAGAAAACUCGACGGCAAGGAACCAGAGCCUGUCGACAAGGAACCAGCCCAACAGUCUGCAGAGGCGGAAACCGGCGACGCGGCGAACAAAUCCCAAAUUGAAAAUACAGAUGGCAAUGUUAGUACAAUAACAAUAGACGAAAAUGAUGAUGAAGAAGAAAAACCGGAACCAUCACAUUAUUCUAAAAUUGAUCUAAGAACAAUAAAAGUUGAUCAACUGAGACAAGAGCUUAGGGCUCGAAACGUCAGCUGCAAAGGUUUACGUGCACAACUUGUGUCUCGUUUAUCAAAACUCAUAAAAGCAGAAGAAGAAAAAGAAUCCAAAAAUGAAGAUGUUAUGGUGUUGGAAGAUGAUGAGCAAGUUCAAGAUGUUGAAGUUCAAGAAGAAAAAAUUGAAAUUAAUGAUGAUGAUAAAAAUGUAUCAACAGUAGAUGCUAAUGAGGAAGCUAAUGAUCCCAUUAUCAUUGAAGAUAAAGUAGAAGAGAAAAAUGAAGACAAGAUAUCAGAAAAGGAAGAAAAAAAGGUAGAAAAAGAAGAAAAGAUCGAGAAAGAAGAGAAGAAAUCAGAAAAGGAGCUUGAAGAAGAAAAACGAAAAGUGGAUAGAGAAAAACAACUCUUAAAAAGUCGUUACGAAAUGCCAUCUGUACCACACAUAAUGGUACAUCCUUCGGCGACUGCAAAGGGUGGCAAAUUUAAUUGUAAUGUUGCUACACUUUCAUUAUUACUUGACUAUCGAGUCACUGAUAACAAGGAGCAUAGUUUUGAGUUAUUUGUGUUUGCUGAGCUUUUUAAUGAAAUGCUUAUGCGUGAUUUUGGAUUCUACAUAUAUAAAACCUUAUACACAUUACCUGAAAAAACUGAAGAUAUCAAGGAAGGUAGUGAAAAAUCAGUUGACAAGAAAGAAGAUAAGAAAUCGGACAGUGACAAAAAGGAGGAGAAAAAGGACGACAAAAAAGAUGAUAAACGAGAUGAACGACGGGAUUCACGAAGGCGUGAUAGACGUGACUCGCGCAGUGAUGAUGAACGUAGUACGUCGCCGAGGCGGCGCGGACGCGGCGUUGAAUUACCACCCGAUCCUUACUUACUUCUCUCUCUCGUGUACUUCGACACUGGUCGUGGUGGAAUCAUCUCCAAGAAAGAUCUCCAGAGUCUGUUUAUGAGUCUCGGUUUGGCACUGUCUAGGUCUCAAAUACGCUCCUUGCUGGAUAAAGUGUGCAUCAAAGACGUAUUCAGCUAUAAAAAUCUUGUCCAAGCAAUCAAAGAUAUAUCAUCUGGCACCACCGAUGGUAUUCAGGACUUGCCACUUGAUGGUUCUGUAACUACCGCCGAGGUUCCGCCUCAAGUUACAGAAUUAGAAGCUGCCAUAGCAGCAGGCAAUCGAGACCUAUUGCCCAUAUUAAACAGACCUGAUGAAAAUGGAACAACAACUAGUGAAACAAAAGAUAUUAGCGAUACAGGCGUGGUGGUGUACAAGUCGCGCGUGGUGGACGUGGGCGCGCUGGUGGCGGCGGAGGCGCGCGGGGCGGCGCAGCGCGCGCGGCUCGAGGCGGCGCUGGAGGGCGCGCGCGCCGCGCUGCGGGCCGCCCGCGCCGCCGCCGCGCACACGCAGCAGGCCGAGCGCGGCGCGCAGACGCAGCUCUCGGACCUCACCGCCAGCCUCGCCGCCGCGCGCGCGCGCAUCGCCUCGCUCACGGCGAGCUCAAAAAUAUUUCACUCUGCAUUGAAGAGUAUUCAGACGAAAGUGGAAGCAGUUGUCAACAUCAAAUAUGAAGAUGAUGAUGUUAUCGAGAUUGUGAAUGGACCAGUAAAAGAAAAAGAAGCAAAGAAAGAUGUAACAGAGGAGAAGGAAAAUCCUGCAGGUAAUGAUGAAGAUGCAAACAUUGAAGGUAAUGAGAAAAUAGACUGUUCUGAGACCAAGAAGGUAAAUGAUGAUUCACAAGAAGUAAAAGAGAGUAAAGAAAAUGAUAACACAGCAGCGGAAAUGGACAUAGAUGAUAAAGAAUAAAACUUAAAAUAUUACAUGCUAAAUAUGUAUGUAAUGUGAUAAUUUGUAGUAUAAGUUGAUAUAUUUGAGUGAUUGAGACCACACAAUUAGUUUUAUUAUAUUCACAAAACUACUUUAGUAUAAGUUUUACUAGUUUUGGUAAAGUUUAUAAUUACCUGUGUACAAUUUGUACACA